AUGCACGACAAGACCAAGCUCCUCCUCACGGAGGACCUAUCGCCACACAAGAUAGCAACGCUCUUCCUCGUCAAUUGCUAUUUGUUCAACACCAUCAAGGACUCCCAGGUCCGUUCUACCGUGUAUGUGAUCAACCAACUCAUUCAAAACAGCCUAUUGUACAACGAGCAUGACGAAUUAGUGGUGGUACCGACCCUUUCAGACCUCUGCCACACUUUGCACAGCAGGGUGAUAAAAGACAAUGGACAAGAACAGGGGCGUACAGACUCGGAAUACCUCCAGAAGAUGAUCCUAGACAUUCUCUGGUCCAUUUCUUCGGUUGAAAAGUUGGACUCGUUGAUAACAUCCAUCGGUGAUACCAUGGUGGGCCCCACAGUUGUGUACGAGCACCCCGAUAGCUCUUUCAAACAGGCUACUUCACGAUCGGUGCUUGGAAUCUUCAUAUACAAAAUGAUUACUGCGUUCAGACUUCUCAAGUUUGACGAAGUAUUCUUGUUGUACGAGGCAUUGGUCGAGUAUAGAGAGCCUACCAGGGAGAGCUACUUGUUGAUGGGUGGAUCUAUAGCUCAUAGCACAGCCGAUGGACAAUCCUCGGGAGAAGAAAGCGAAGAAUUGCUAUUUGCCCACUUGAAUCAACAACUAGAAGAUAUCUUGGAUUCAUCGAUCGCACAUUCAAGCUCUGAUAACUCUGCUAAUCCCAGCACUACCAAGUUGAUCCCAGUCCCCAAACACGAUCUUCAAAUCUUGCUUGACAAACAGAUUAAUUUGCUUGAAACUUAUGGUACCCCCACACCAAAAGCAUUAAUAGAUUUAAUGACUCUAAUGACCUCCACUGAUUCCAACACCUGUCUGAUCCAAAACAUAAAUUUCAAUAACUUGCCUUCAUAUUAUUAUAUCAAGUACCUUGAAAACUUGAAUCAAUCAAACUAUAAUGGGGCUUUCGAGGCCUUGCAUCAGUAUUUUGACUAUACCGUUUCUAAUAACUCAAAGUAUUUCUAUCAUUUUGCGUUGAUUUCAAGAGCAUCCUUACAUCAGUUUUUUGGUGAAGACGAGAAAGCUAUAGAUUCAAUCGAAGAGGCUAUAUCAGUUGCAAGAGAAAACAAGGACAAUUCAACAUUAACAUAUAUUUUGUCAUGGUUAUUCAAUUUUAUAAAGAACAAACCAGAGCUCUGGAAACGCCAGCGCUUCUACAAUAAUAACGAUGAGUCUCAAUUGCUAAAUUUUUUAAUUCAGAAGUCCCAACUGGUUUCGUUACUGUUGCAUUCUAUGAGUUAUAAUUUCGCCACACUUCAAUUACUCUGCAAAGGUGAACCGGUGAUGAGUGGCGACGAUAAGGCUCCAUCUUCAUACUUUGAGUGUAUUUUGAAGGCGUUGUAUAUCUCAAUCAACGACCACCAGUCCUCGUUCAUCAAAUCAACCGAGUUAAACUCAUCCAUCUGGAGCAAGGUUGGUGUCCCAAUUUUGAGUGAGGUUUAUAAUGAAAUUUCAAUGGAGUCUACGGAUAGAAGAAAUGACAAAUUAUCAAUCCAAACUAGAUCAAAUUAUUUGAGCUUUUUGAGGGGAGAGACAGAAGUAUCUUUGCAAAGGUUGGAAAACCUUAAACAGCAAGUUAUUAACACUGACCACUCACUCUUUAAUUCGAUUCAAAUCAGGAGCCUCAUUUUGUCAAUUAGGCUCAACAUAAAUAGAGGAAAAUUUCAGACCUGUAAUGAAUUGAUACGGAUACUUGAGACCAACGAAAUUAAAGAAUUAGAACUAAAGAAUGAGUUGCUUCUGUUGAGUGUUGAGGUUCAAAUCUGUCUUGAAAACUUUUCAGUUGCUUUGAGAAUGAUCUCCGAUUACUUGGCUUCAGACUGGUCAGAUAUUUCAAUAGUUAUUAAGUUAAACUUAUUGAAAUGUAAGAUCUUCAACAUUACAGGAAACUAUACAAAGGGGUUUACUUUGAUAGUGAGCCAGCUCCACAGAGCGAAAAAGCUUGGAUUUCAAAGUCUUCUUGCAGAGGGAUUAAUCAUAUUGGUCAGUACAUUGAACAAUUUAGACCACUACGAGGAAUGCUAUGAGAUCUUGAAUGAAGUUAUUCCGGUAAUAAUAUCAAUUGGUCACAAGAGCUUAAUCUCAGAGUGUUAUUUCGAGUUGUCCAAGAGUUGUCAUAAGUUAUACUUACACGGUGGGAAAAGUGAUAUGUUUAGCCAGGUACUUCGGUACUUAAAUUUGAGCAUUGUUGGUUUCAAGAGUGCGGCCAACUUGGUGAUGUUAACCAAGUGUUUCGCGUUCGAGCAAGCAGUUGCUGAAGAAAAAGGAGACGCAACGUUGCAGCACCAUGCCGCUAUGGCAAUUGAAAAAUUGAGCGCAAGAAGUAAGCAAGAGACAAGUUAUGGGCUUGUUCGAUAA